AUGAAGUGGAUGAAGUCGAUGAGGGAGACAGAGAGUUUUCGUUUUGGUGAUGGACAUGAGCUUUGUAGUGAGUUUGCCUUCCUCUUCGAAGCCACCGUUCUGGGAGUGAGGGUUAUCCUUAAGCUCAGUGUCGUUCCUGGAGAAUGCCCACCACUACUCUCGAAGCAAGCUUAUUCGCAGUUGGGUAUGGUCAUCGACACAGAGAACCAUACAGUAUCCUCGAGGAAACUUCAGGUGAAGAGGUAUGGGCUAGCUCAAACAUGUGGGGGUCACUAUGCUAUUCCUAUUGCCGAGUUUACUGACGACGUGAAGCACAUCCAUGAACCCGAGUUCCCCUCGUAUUUGGAAGCCAUACCGGUCUAUGUCACAUGUGAUCGUCCACGCGAGCGAGUGUUGAGCGAUGAGGGUGGCCUCAAAUCCUGGACCCGGCAUGAUCGGAAAACAGUAGGUGACAAGUUGCUUGAAGAGUUCGUGAAUUGUGGUACGCCGGUCAGACAGCAGUUGCAGUGGAGAACUGAUACCGCUCUCAUGAACCUUCGUCGCAAACCCUCGCCGGCCCGGGCGGCGCCGUACCAGGCGGCCUCGGACAAGGACGACGACUUUGCGGAGGCGAUGCGACAAGGCUACUCCAGCGACAGCGCUGGAAGAAGGUGGACGAACCCUCGGAGUCCGACGAGAAGGACGAGGCAGAGCCCGAGGCAUGCGGCCUCGCAAGACGUUCCGGGAGCGCUUCAACAAGGCGAGGUCCAAAUCCUCGGAGACAAGGUCCAAGUCGGGCGAGAGACGCCUGAAGACCAAGAGUGCCCUCAAGGCCGCGGUGACCAGAUCCCCGACUCCGAGGACCAAGAGAUCUACCACGCCAGCCCGGGAUCCCAAGCGCCUCCGACACCUGCGUCGGUGGCAUCGGUGGCCUCUCGGAACGAGACCAUGAAGAUGCUGCUACAGGCCCAAGCGGCGGAGCUGGAGGAGGAGCUCACCCAGUACAUGGAUCCCGUCUCGAUCGUGAGGAGCUGGCUGGCGAUUGCGCAGGGCCCGUGGCCGAUGGAUGUGGCCAAGCCGAGCAUGGAUGGCGAAGAAGACUUGGAGGAGGUCCCGAAAGCCAAGAACCAGAAGCCCAGCGAGAAGUUAGACUUGCUCCUCGAGGACGCGCCGAAGAACCCGCGGGGGCGAGCAAGCACGACCACUUCGACCGGCACCAGGCCAAAGACCAAAACCCAGAGAGUGCGAGCUUUGACAGACCUGGACGCGGACUUCCCGACGCUGUCCAACCGCUACUCGGACGAUGUGGUGAUCAACGCCGCCUUGAGCCUGACCUGCCAGAUGCUGACGUUCAAGUGGAAGCAGUUUACAUGGAUGCUCAGAGUCAAGCGUGCAGUGAGGAUGGAGCUGGGGGGUUCUGUUCGGUGGAGGAGGAACCCCAGGUGGCUCAUGAUGAUGUUCGGACGUCAGUUGGCCAGCAUGUGGGGCCACCUGGGAGCAGCGCGACAGCUAUGCAACGAUCCUCGCCUCAACGAUUUGAUGAAGGGGGACCCGCUUGCGAGAAGGGAGGAGGAUCGAAGCCGGCGCGAGGAUUGUCCCGAAGCCACCCUCGCCGAAGCAGUGUUCGAAGAUGUGGAUGUAUAUGUCCAGAAGAUGCGAUACGUGCCGAUGUGGGAAUUCAUCCGAGAUGUGUGGAACUACCAGACCAAGCAUGGGCGUCUGGUGAUUCUACAAUACCCAGCCACCACGCAACCUCCGACUGAGGACGAGCUCCGGUUGCUGAAGUACAAGAAUGAGAGAGCACACGAGAUCGUCGAGGGCCAGACGUUGAAUGUCGCGGGUGAGGAGGUCUCAAGAGCAAGGUUAGCUGCAGAAUGGCCUCGAGACUGGAUGCUUCGGGUGUGUGGUUCAGCGGAUCAGACCUUACGGGCCCGUCGAAGCAGUGCAGGACCGGUGGCCCUGCAUCAGCCUUGUCCCGCAGGCACUGUGUGGGAGACGAUCCCCGUGGAGGUCGAGAUGUCUCCAGAAGGCCAGCUACGACAACAGCUAGGUGAGGUUACUGGCGACCAGUACGACUACAUUUAUUUUCAGGGUGCGGUGGUCCCCACGCGAAAUGUGCCCAAGGUCACCUUCGACAAGCCCCAGAGGUUCAACGAGAGAGUGGUCACCGACAGUUUCUUUAUUUGGGAUUCCCUCAACACCAAGUACGCCGUGGUGCAUGCAGUGGAUGCUUUCAGUUUGUACCAGGUGGUGACCCUCAUGCCCACGGCCAAGUCGAACUUGGUGGCCCACUUCCUGAAGAACUAUUGGAUUGGAAUCUUUGGGCCGCCUGAGGUGAUCAUGUCGGAUGCCGGGAGCGAGUAUGCCGCCGACACCGAGUCGUUGCUCCGGGCUUUUGAUGUGACUCAUGAGGUUGUUCCGCCCCUGGCGAAGUGGCGCAUGGGAUUGGCGGAGAGGCACGGCGCAGUGCUGAAGCUUCUGGCCAUGAAGACCAUCAAGGCGGUGACGGCCAGGGGCUACAGCGAGACCAAGGAGUGUGUGGUUGCCGCGACAGCAGCCCGAAACAGGCAGGCGCGAGUUGGAGGUUUUUCUCCUACACAGAUUGUCCUGGGCAAGGAUGUGACGAUACCUUCGUCCCUAUGGGGACAAAUGGAAAAGGGCCACUUCAAGUUUGUCUUGAACCAGGACUUGUCCUUUGCUGAGGCCCGAAGGAGGAAUGAGCAGAUACGGCAGGCGGCUGAACAAGCUUUCAUCUGGGCAGACGGCCACGAGACGUUGCGGAAAGCUCUGAAUGCCCGUUCACGACACCCUCGCAUGGAGUUUUUGUACGAGGGUGCCGCUGUAUACUUCUAUGAUCCUCCGUCUUCGAGAAAGGGGCUCCCCAAGCGUCUGCAAGAUCAAGUAUCCUGGAUGGGACCCGGGGUGGUCACAGCCCUGGAAAGGAGAGAGGGUGCCAUCAAAAACAAGCUCAAGGGCAUCCCGCUUGAGUUUGUCAGAUUGGCGGCCCUCGAGGAGGUGGAGAGUUCUCGAGUAUGUCAAGAAGCUCUGCGUGAAGUAGAACGAGAACUACAAGGGCAUCGACCAGACGUCGAGGAGAUGGUGGAGGACGAGCCCACCGACGUGAUGCCCACAAUGGAGUUCAGCGGUGGCUCUGAACCCGAUGAGCCACCCCCGACGACCGAGGCCCGACCCUUCCCGAACGUGUCUCCUUUGGAUGAUGUGCCGAUGCAGCUUCAUCGCGAGAAGAGAGCGGGCUGGGUGACCACGCCAGAAGGAACGCGACUACAGAAGAGGGUUCGCUUCGAGGAAGGGUGGAAAGGCACUUCGGAGCAUCUGAGCAAGAUGAAGGCGGUGCUGGCACGACAAGAACCUCAUGGUGAAGGCCAAGGUUCAUCGUCUUCGCAAGCCCCACCUCCUGCCGCAGCCAGCCAUCGAGGACCGGGUGUUUUACAUGUGGCGUCCACCUGGCGCCUGGAGGAGGCAGUACGGCGACAGCGAGAUAUGUUGCGAGCAGCUCGACAAGGACCUUGGGAAGUGCAUGUGGCCAAGGUGGAGGAGGUUACGGAUGAGCUCGCUAAGCAUGUGGAGGAUUCGUCCAAGAGAUGCCCCGAGACCCAGGAGAUGCCAAUGACCGGGAAGCCGAGAUUGGAAUACAAGUGGUACAAGCUGGAGGGCAAGUGGCAGAGGGCGUUUGUGGACCCCCUCAAGAAGGCUAUCGACGUCUACGUGGACAACGACGCUGUGGACCCGGUGGAGAUUGGACAGAUGGUGCCCCCAGAGAAGAUCCUCCCGUCCAGAUUCGUGCUGACCAACAAAAGCGACAAGACCGAGCUCGACGAGGCCGUUCUUAAGGCUCGAUGGGUGUUGGCAGGACACCUGGACAAGGAGGCGGGAAAAUGGGCCACGGAAGCUCCUACAGCCAGCUUGGUGGCCCAUAACCUGGUCUGUUUCAUCAGUGCGCAGCUGAAGUGGGAGAUGAAGUUCGCGGACAUUUCUGCUGCUUUCCUGCAGGGCGAGAAGCUGGAUUCGGAUCGGGUCGUAUAUAUCCGAAUGCCCCGCGGCUACCCCGACGAGAUCGUGGAGCACCUCCUGCAAAGAUUGGUGGGCCCGAAGACCGGAAAGAUGAGGCGGGAUAUCAUCCGCCUCACGAAAGGCGGCUUUGGCCUCUCGGAGUCUCCAAGGCUUUGGUACCGGAAACUCAAGAGAGUUUUGCUGGGCUUGGGCUUGAAUGAACUCAAGCUGUCUCCCGGAACCUUCGUCCUUCACGAACGAGGCGAGCUGAAGGGGAUCUUGACUGUACAUGUAGAUGACCUGCGAAUGGCCUUCCACCCCGACCGGCAGGACUUCCUGGACCAGCUCAAGGACGCUUUUAAGUUCGGCGACUGGAAGUCGGCGAUGAAUGAGACGGUGAAGUUCUGUGGCCGAUGGGAGAAGCAGUGCCCGAGAUCGUUCAAGGUGACGAUCUCGAUGGAUGGCUAUGCAGCCAAGCUGAAGGAUCCUCCGGCUCGGCAAAAGGGCGAUCGAUCGCCCUUGACGGAUGUGGAGAAGAAGUGGGUGUCCUCAGUUGGGGGACAAGUUUUGUGGAUGGCUCGGCAAGGGCGAGCAGACCUGGCCUACGGCAUCUCUCGAGUGCAGCAGAUGGCUGGAGCGAGAGACCCGGAGACGAUGAAGUGCCUACAGCAGCUCGUGAACAAGGCCCGGGAAUCCUACGAAAGCUACUUCCAGGCCAUUGACGGUGACCUGGCGGACAUGGUGCUGCUAGGAGUCAGCGACGCCUCCCAUGGCAGCAUGCCCAAGGGACGCUCCCAAGGGGGCAUGAUGAUACUUGUGUCAUCAGAAAAGAUUCUGGACGAGGAGGCGGUGGUCAAUUGCCUCUUGUACCACAGUUCCUUGUUGAAGCGAGUGGUGAAGUCCAGUCUGGCGGCGGAGAUCUCCCAGGCGGCUGAGACCAUGGAACAGUGCGAGUUUGUCAGGGCCCUGAUCGCGGAGGCCCUGGACCCGAACUUCCAGCUGGCAGUCUGGCGAUGGAGUGCCAGCAGGUGGAAGGAGAUCUUGGUCCUGGACUCCAUCCUGCGGGAGUGGCGCCUGCUGAAAAGUCGGCUUCAACACCAACCCCAUUUGGAGCUGGUGACACUCCCGGACGUGAGCACUGGGCUUGUUGCCUUUCUUGCUCAAACUGAGACUCGCUAA